CCUCUGCCUAAUCCUGUGGAGAGAUUUACAGGGCUGCGAAGCCCUGCCGUUUCCUUCUUUUGGGGAGCCAAGUUUUAACACCGCCACCGGGAAAAGCCACGUUUUGACGGGAUGACAGCAGACAGGGAGAAGAGAAGGGCCAUAAGUCGUGAGGCGGCGAGGAGGAGACGCAGGGUGGAGUCGGAUGUAUUCAGCGACUUGGUCCAUCUCUUGCCCCUCCAAUCUUCCCCACAAACACAGCUUGACAAACCCUCGAUCAUCCGCCUCACCAUCAGCUACAUCCGCACACGCACGCUGCUCACAGGCAUCGCUGGUAUGCACAGGGAGGCCAGCCAAAGAACGAAUUACAGACAGAUGUUGGACGCCGGAGAGGAAGACCUUUAUUUAGAGAAGGGAGAGAAUAGAGGCCAAAAGCACAAGGCGGAGAAGGUCAAGGAAGGAGUCGAGGCCUUGGGGCUGACGGAGGAGACCGAUCUGUACCUGAGGACACUCGAGGGCUUUUUAAUGGUGGUGUCUGCGGAUGGAGACAUCAUUUUCCUCUCUGACAACGUCCGCACAUACAUGGGCUUGACUGAGGCUGAGCUGAUGGGAUGCAACAUCUAUGAAUUUACUCAUCCCUGUGACCACGAGGAGAUCAAAAAUAACCUCUGUCUUUCAGCAGGGUGUUACUGGCGGGGGGAUAAGAGAGACUUCGUCAUGAGGAUGUGCAGCACGUUGACACAGACUGGAAGGACCACAAACCUUAAGUCAGCCACUUGGAAGGUUCUCCGCUGUCAGGGCCGUGUGAAGGUGUGUGUGCCUCCCUCCUCUCCCUCCUGCCUGCUCCUCACCUGCCAGCCCUUGCCCCUCUCACACAGACUCCUCAGCACACACACAUUCACCAGCCAGCACAGCUUGGACAUGAGGUUCACACACUGUGACCACAGGGUGACAGUGCUUUUGGGUUACAGUCCCGUGGAGCUCCUGGGUCGCUCGCUGUACGUUCUCUGUCACACACAGGACGCAAACUGCCUGAGCAAGAGCCAUGUGGACUUGUGCUCUAAAAGCCAAUCGGUGAGCGGACAGUACAGGAUGCUGGUGAGAGGUGGGGGUUACGUGUGGGUGGAGACUCACAGUGCGAUCAUCUCCACCGCCCCCCGCUCUAAGUUUAACCCCAGAGUCCAGCAGUCUCUCUGCGUCCUCUGUGUUACCUAUGUCCUCAGCGGCGUGGAGGAGCCAUGCUUGCAGCUCUCUGUGGAGCAGUACGUCUAGGUGAAGAUUUGUCGACAUCCACUCCGCUUACUUCUCCUUCACGUCUGCCAUUAGCGUCGGAUGAUAGAAAUGUAAUUUGACGGAGCAUAAAAUGACUAAAUGUGAACGCACCCAGCAUGCGCCGAAGAUGUAGUCAGCCGAAGUAGGGACGCAUUUGGCGCCAUUGACGACUAAAUGUAAAUCCAAACCAGAAACUAUGUCGGCGGAGAGUGUGAGCCUUUAAUGACUGAUCCAGUCCAGCAGCACAUGCAAAUCAGACAGGUGGCUGCUGGCUUGUUUUUGAUUUACUUGUUGAAAAUAAAUCGUCAGGACACUUCAGACCGGGGGGACCGGCGAGAGGAGAGGUUAACGGGUCGAUUCAACGGAGGCGGAGAUGUGGGUGGCGUUUUGGCACAUGUGGAAGAGACAGGGAGAGAGCGUUUUCAGUGUCUAUACGCUGAAGAGUACAUCGCUGUGCAUCCCUCCUGUCUUUUCUGCGGACGUGGUGUGAAAAA